AAACUUCCUUGUCCAAUCCUUGAAUGAACAUAGACUUCUCCCAUCCCAUCGCAACUAAAAAGAUAUGGUGCUCUGGUAGCAUAUCUUAAGCAUUUUAGGUCACUGUGUCUACCAAGAACUGUAUAAAGCAAAUGACCGGUAAGCGAUAUUUCCUGAAGGUUACCAGACUCGUAACCAACUGCCAAAGAUUCUCCAUCAGGAGAAAACCUAAUCGAUGUAACUUGUUUGAAUAACGACGGAAAUUUGAACAUUCUGAAAACGUGGUGUUGUUUCUUUGUAUCAUCUUCCGUAAAAUAAACUCUCUUGAUGAAGUAUUUUAAAUCCUCCAAGGUGUUUACGCUUUCCAAAUUUAGAUCCAUUUUGCCAAAAUUCAAUGUUUGACGGUGUUUUCAUAAUUUGACAUUGACAAUUGUUAUGGCAACUAUCAGACGUUGUUUUCCGAAUUAUUUUAUCAAAAAUCCUCAAGAACUUUUGAUACGUUAACAGUAAUUUUACAAACACAUUAAAUUUAUAGUUGUCUAGGCAUAUCAUGCGAAAAACCUUUAUCAAAGCUGAGAAGGAUUCCGCAAGUGACAGCUACUCGUUGGGCAAUCUCGAUCUACUAAAUUUACGACUUAGCGUUUCUGAAAAAGUUAUUGAUCCGAAAUACAAAGAAUUGAGAGAAGCAUCAGGUGAUACUGGCAGAAGUUCCGAAAGACGACAACACCCCCUAAGAAACCCUGAUAACAGGUUACCGAACCUUCAUAAUCUGCCACAAGGUUAUGGUAAAAGAAUCGAGUACAAGAGUCCCCCAUCGGACUGCGUAGAUUGUUUGCAAAAUAAAGAAAAAUUCGACAAUACCUUUGAACCAAUAGACAAGGACGAUUUUCUUUACCCAAGCAAAAAGAAAAAAUCACCAAAAAUAAAAACAGUAUCUGAGGUCGGAACCAAAUCAUAAAUUUUAUCGACAGUUCACCGGAAGUAACAGAAGAACGCUCUUUUCCUUUCAAAUUAACACCCAGUGGAAAUUUUAAAGUUAAUUCUGAACAGAUCAUUUUUGCUUCGGAUAAGUUUAGUGUUCUAGUCGCAGAUCCUGAAAAUACCCAAGUGAAUAUUCAUCCUGACACUGAAAAAUUAAAAAUAAUGGCUCCUGAGCCUCAACCAAUGGAAGUACCUAAAGUAUCUGCAAUGGACGCGAUAAUGAGUCAACAUUUUAAUGCAGGUCUUUCAAGCAUCGGCUCGCUUAUUGGCAACACACCUGUUAGAAGCUCCCAUAAAGAGGCUUCCGAGUAUGAAAGCAAACAGACUUCGGAAAUUUUGGAUCCUGAGUUAAAUUUGGGAAGAUUGGGAUACAAUGGAACAGAUGCCAUUGGGUGGGAGAAAGUCAAAUUGCCGGAGAAAAAGAAUCUUUAUUUGGAGUUGUAUUCGAGAAUCACAAACUACACAAAUGCAGAUUGCAAAGUAUACAUCGAGAACGAAGAGUUCAACUGUCAUCUGAUAGUUUUACAAUGUUAUUCAGAGUUAUUCGAUGCUUACAUUGCCGUGAAAAAAGUUGAAUUGCCAAGCGAUAAAUGUAGCGCUGCAUCAUUUGCUUUCAUUUACGAAUGGAUGAUAACUGGAGAGCCUUCUUAUAGAGAGCUAAACCGAGAUAAUGUUUUGGAUAUAUUUAACUCCGCAAAAUAUCUAAAAAUCAAAGAUUUGGUCGAGCAAUGCUGGGCAUUUAUAGACAACCCAGAUGUGUUUAGCGAGGAUACAGCCUUUUUACUUUAUGUGGAUGCCAAAAUAAAGAAUCUCCCUGAAGUAAGAGAGUUGAUGUUGCCAAGAGUACAAUCAUUUUUCUUGAUGUUGGUCAGUUCGCAAGACUGGUUGGAACUAGAGUUGGAAGAUGUCAAGAACUUCUUAAAAUCCAACUACAUCUCAGUCAACUGCGAAAUGGAAGUAUUCAUGUCUGCUGUAAGAUGGUUAAAGCACGACUGGGUCAAUAGAGACAAAUACAAGUACGAAAUAUUAGAAUGUGUACGAUUUGGCAAUAUAGCGCCAUGGCAAUUAGUUGACAUUAAAAGAAACCCAGAAAAUCCCGACUUUUUGGAGCUGGCCAAAGAUGCCCGGAUAUGUAAAAUGAUAGAUGACGGAUUAGCAUUCGUUAUAAUCAAAUAUUGGUAUGGUCAGGAAAAUAAUGAUUUUAUACACUGGAACUCCGUUCUGGGUCUCAUUGAACCCCCCAUUAGAAACUGGAGUGGUUGCGAUAAAACCUACUUCACGUACAGAGAAUUUCUAAUUUAUUUGGACCAGUACCGCAGAAGUCAAUUGAUUGAGAAAAACAAACCAAAAGCCAUUAUGGAGAAGAAACACGCCAUUGAGUUAAUAAAAAAUAACCCAGCAAUUCAGCAAAGUCAGGAUAAACAUUCUCCAAGGGUGCCAACUAUGGACGAAUUUUUAAGCAAGAAAAAAAUGCCUCCCUUUCCUAUGCCAAACAUUCUAACAAUGCCUGCUCUACCGACAAGAAGGAGCAACCUAAAAUCUGAGAGUAGUAGUGAAUUUUCAAAAACAAUAACAUCGAGCAGUAACGGCACAACUAUAUCUGGAAACUACAUUAAAUUUAGAGACAAAAACUGUAAAAGUUAUAAACUUCCUAUGGAUAGACUAUCCAAUCCACCACACUUACCAACUAAACAAACUGAAGGACCUUCUCUAUUACACAAAAAUAAUGCAGCUGUGGUGAUUCAAAGGGCUUUCAGAAUUCAUCAGAGAAAUGAUUUGAUAACAUAUAAAAAACCUGGCGGGAAAAGUAACAGUAAAAGCAACGUUCUUAAAAUGUUUCAAAAUAGCCAACAAAUUUUAAAACCCGAUCAAAAAUACGUAAGCAUCACAUCUUUGUUUCAUCAAGAAAAAGAAUCAGUCAUUGUUUUUGGAGGCAUCGAUCCUCAUGAGACUUACGGGGUCGGAAGGAACACCGGAAAGGAUAUCUUUAAGUAUGUGCCGCACGAAAACAAUUGGGAGUAUGUUGGUGACUUGCCAGAACCCAGGUAUUACCAUUGCGUCGAGUUUUUUAAAGGACGGAUAUAUUUAGUAGGGGGUUGCGACCCCAGAGACGACGACAAGGCCAAAACUAAAGUGGUCGAUACAGUGUGGAGUUUUGACCCAUCCAGUAGACAAUGGUAUAAAGAAGAAAAUAUGCUUAUACCCAGAAAGCAUUUUGGAUUGGUUGUUUUUAAUAAAUUUAUGUACGCCAUCGGAGGACAAAACAAACACAAGGUUUUAAGAUCAGUUGAAAAAUAUAAUUCCAUGCAAACUUCUUGGGAAGAAGUUGCUUCUUUAUUAAUUCCACGAACAGGUCAUUGCAGUGUAAAAUACAAAGAGAGCAUUUGGGUGGCUGGAGGACUUUCUGGACUAAAAAAGAAUACCCUUUUGGACUUGGUGGAAAGCUACAAUCCCAAAAUUAACCAAUGGACUAAAAUAACUAAACUCUCAUCUCCACGAUGUUUUUCCUGCCUCCACGUCGAAGGAGACGUCAUCUACUGUGUAGGAGGGGCCGGUAAAAGCCUCUUGGGCCCGAAAGAUUCCAUAAGUAUGUGCAACCUUGAAAUGCUGAACCUGAAAACUGAAAAAUGGGUGACUCUGACGGAAUUGUCUAUACCAAGACAUGGGCACUGCGUGGCCAAAUUGGGCACACAACUUAUGGUGAUUGGCGGAGUUACCACCACUUAUAUGAGAGCCUUAAGCAAUACUGAAUGUUUUUGUUGUCAAAGAGGGGCCUGGGUUCGUGGAAUAGCUUGUUUACCCACUGCUUUGUCGGGCCAUGCUGCUGUUACCCUACCGCCUGCAAUGUUGUUGCCAUAAAAAUAUUUGAAUUACCAUUUUUAUUGUUACGUUUAAAUACAGAAAAAAAUAUGAAAUUACGAAUACUUAAUUUCUGUAUUUGAGCUUUCCUACGUUCAUAGAUA